GUUGCGUGCAGAAUUGGCAGGGGAGAGGAUAAUGAUGGGGUUUCUUCUUGGAACGAUGCUGUGGUUGUCGAGGAUGGGGGGCAGAGGAAGAUGCGCUCAGGUUUGCCCUCCUGCAGAUGUGGAGAUCCAGGGUAUGGGGAAAUGGAAAACUUGAUGCAUUCUCUGGGACGAAAGAAACAAUUGGAUUUUUAGGCAGAAAGGAGUGGAGUGGCAGGUGGUUUCUGAGGAGAUUGUGGUUAAUGUUAGCCUGUUGGUGAAAUGUGGAAAAUUCUAUGGCUAAUAUUAAGAUUAUGGGGUCUGGGAGAGUUCCUAGAUAGGCCUGUGUAAAUUUCUUUUUUCUGGACCUAGCUUGUUUCGCACUAUGGUUGUUUAGUUGUCUGGUCAGCUGGCGUUCAAGUUCAUAUCCUUGCUCCUUUUCCUCUUCAUAAUUUUUUUAUAAUACUUAACUUCCCAGAAACAAAAUAAAAAGUUCUUUAGUCUUAAAAGUGUAAGAGAGAGGCAGCAAUGAGGUUGGAACUCGCGAACAAGUGAUUGAUGCACUUCUUUCCUAUCUGUGAAACGUCAGCCACUUUGUUGAAGGUACUAACACAUAUAACAUAAUUUUUUAAGGUCCUGUUUUUUUGCCCGAAAGUGGGGGCCCUAGGCGUCGGCUUGGAGGGCUUAUGCCCAGUGCCAACCUUAAACAUCAUUGUGUCGUAGGGACAUAACUUGUUUGGACGUUCGGGACUUCUAAUUAUGCCUGUUUUCGAUUCGCGAACUAACCGAAGCCGCAGUAUAUACAGAGUAUGAGAAGGGUUUGAAUCAUUGAUUGCUGCUGCUAUGUCCUCAAAAAAUGCGGCUAGGAAAACUUACUUUAUUGAUAUGCCGGAGGUGCAACUGCUGGGAUCCAUUCCAACCAAUAAUACUGCUCCAGGCCCUGAUCCUCCUGUAGUGUCUACACUGAAAUCUUUCCGAGAAUUAGCUGAAUUUGCUGAUAUGAUCAGGGUUAAGUUUGGUACUAUGGCAGACUUGCCUUGUGGUUUGGUUGUAGAAGACUUUAUUGGUAAUACCCUGUUUGGCCAAGUGUAUCGGGGGAAAAUUAUUCAGCAACGAGGCUUGGACAACAUCCAUAAGUCUAAUGUUAUGGUGAAAGCAUGGAACUAUCGUUUGCGAGAAGUUAGAAGCUCUGUUAAGCCUUCUAACAGCUUCUGGAGACAAACUGCUAAAGGAAGAUUCCACGAUGAAAUGAAGCUACUGACAGCAUCAUCGCACUUGUCACGCCAUGAUAACAUGGUAAAGUUAAUUGGAAGCGGCCUUGUAAAUGGGCGGCUGGCUGCUGUGUAUGAGCUAGAUCCGCUGGAUACCCUGCGUAACCUCCUUCCUCGAGAUGAUUUUGGCUGGUUUUCACGAGUCAAGGUUGCAAUUCAAUUUGCAUCUCUCGUUGAAGCUUUUCAUUUUCAAAACCUCAAGCUUCGCAAUAUCUGUGCAGAUAAUUUAGUGCUUGACAAGGAUUUCCAUCUGAAGUUAGUUGACUUCGGUUUGCUUAUUGGUGGAGAUUUUGGUGAUAUGCCCCCAUUCGAACAAGUGUGGGGGUGCGUUGCCUAUGUGGAUCCAUGUUUUGCCGAUUCAGGUAAAUUUCUGGAUAAAUCAGAUGUUUUCUCGUAUGGUGUUUUGCUUUUGGAGCUUGUAACAAAAAGAGCCGCGCAAGAGGAGGAUUAUUUUUAUCUUCACGUUUGGGCCAGGGGAGAGUACGAAACUAGGCCUAAGAAGACCCGGCGGAGGAAGGAUUGCCGACGAUGUACCCCUGUGGUAGAAGUGCAUGAAAGCUUGAGAGGCAGUGCGUGGUUUGAUGCAGAAGAUGGAUCUGCAAUCAUUGAAUUGGCAUUGCGCUGUGUUAGUCGCAAACUAGGCGAACGACCAACCAUCAAGGAAGUUGUUGAACGUUUGCGACAGUUAGAACUGGCCAAGAGGAUGAACCUGUAAGACUGGGUUAGAUUGGAAUUAAAAUUAAGGGAAUUGAUUUUGCCACUCCCCUUUUUGUUAAUGCCACUUCCCUUCUCUCACAAAACAAAUCAUCUAAUCAAAACACUAAGGGGAGUGACAUUAACAAAAAGGAGAGUGGCAAAAUCACUCCCCAUAAUUAAAUGGGGCUUGUUUUGCUGGCAAAUGGUUAUCCUACUGUAACACAAGCCAGUACAUGUUGAAUUUAAGACCAAAUGAUACGCUUGCAUGAGUUUCAAGUACAGAUACUUGGCUUUAUGUCAUCUAUUUUGAUUAUGUCGUA